AUGGAGAAAUCUCCCGUGACCGCAGCCACGGGGGCCUUGGGGCCCGUCAUAGCUAAGCUGGCUGCUCUUCUGGGCAGGGAAUACAAGCUUCGAUGGCGGACUCGGAGGGACAUCAAGUUCAUCAAAUCCAAGCUCAAGUCCGUGCACUCUCUCCUUUGGACGAUAUGUGAGAGGGAGCUUCUUGAUGCGGCAUCCAAGGAGUUGAAGAUGGAGGCUUUGGAUCUUGCCGACGACAUGGAGGACGCUAUUGACGACUUCAUCGUCAGUAUGGAGCGCAGCCGCAGCAGCAAGCCCUUUGUACAGACGAAGGGCAAGGCAAGUCCUUUACAAGAUUUCAAGAAAAGAGUGACUGCUGUGUCGGAGAGGUGCAGCGGCAUGUGGAAGAAGAUCUCCUCUAGCCCCAGCAGGCCGACACCUCGAGCUCGCCCCUUUGUCCGCAAGGAGGCAUCAGAGCUUGUGCCCAUGGACAGACAGAUGGAUGUGCUCAUCCGAGUCCUGGUAGGAACAGAGGAUAGCAUAUUGGUGGAGCCAAAGCUCAAAAUGGCAUCCAUUCUUGGAACGGCUGGUAUGGGCAAAACGACCCUAGCCGACUUAAUAUAUCAGGCGAUUGGAAAUAGGUUCCAGGCCCGGGCUUUUGUGUCAGUCACACCAGGUGGUAACAUCACGGAGGUUCUCGCAAGAAUUCUCGAAGAAGUAGCAGAUGAAAAUACGGCGCCGUUUCCUGAUACCGAAGCAGCUUUUUCGAUAAAGGAUCCAUAG